UAUACUACGUUUUGUAAACUGCGAAAUCUUGGAAUAGAAAAUUAUGCAGCAUAUUAUAGGAAGUGCACUGCUAUUGGCUAGCUUGUCAGGGAGUGUUCGUUUACAUAAGGUAAGACCGCUGCAAACUGGCUGCAGAUUUUCUGUAACAGUUGAACAGAGUUGAACUUGUAACAUGGAUCGCUGGAAGGGCAGGGUUGCUCUUGUCACUGGAGCUUCAGUGGGAAUCGGAGCUGCAAUUGCAAAGUCUCUUGUCCAGCAUGGCAUGAAGGUGGUCGGCUGUGCCAGAAAUGUGAAGCCAAUUGAGACAUUGGCAGCGGAAUAUGUUAGUAGUGGGUUCAGUGGCACUCUGAUCCCAUAUAAAUGUGAUCUGACUGUAGAAGAGGAAAUCUUGUCUAUGUUUACCUGGAUCAAAGGUCAACAUAAAGGUGUUGACGUGUGCAUUAACAAUGCUGGUUUGGCUCUCCCAGAGCCUCUGCUGAGCGGCAAAACCAGUGGCUGGAAGAAUAUGAUGGACUUGAAUGUCCUUGCCCUGUCAGUGUGCACCCGUGAGGCUUACCAGUCCAUGAAAGAAAGGAAAGUUGAUGAUGGUCAGAUCAUUAAUAUUAACAGUAUUUGUGGACACCGGGUCAUCAACCACCCUGAUGCACACUUCUACGCUGGCAGCAAAUAUGCAGUGACGGCUCUCACAGAAGGUUUGAGGCAAGAGCUACGAGAGGCCAAAACCCACAUACGUGCCACAUGCAUAUCUCCUGGUUUAGUGAAGACAGAUUUUGCCUACCGGCUCUAUGGUGAAAAAACAGAAAUAGCUGAUGCUGUCUACAAAAGAAUAAAGUGCCUACAAGCAGAUGACAUAGCAAACUCAGUGGUGUAUGUACUAAGUGCUCCCCCUCAUGUUCAAAUUGGUGACAUUGAGAUCACGCCAGUGGAGGAUUCGUUGUAACAUGAGGAGAUAAAUGGGAUCAAGCAUCUCUAGAACACUGUGAUAGUGAUGAAGUACAGAACUUGAAGUAAAAAUAAUAUAAUUAUUAUUACUAGUAAACUAUAAUCAGUUUACUAGUAAUAAUAGUAAUAAUAAUUAGAUAAUUGCACAUUUACUAUUAUUGUAAAUGUUAUUAG